AUGAGUCCGCCCAUGCGGAAUUCUGUCGUCAAGCUCAAUGAGCAGCGCUUCCGACUUGGAUCGUCAAUGAUAUGCGAGCAAACUGAUGUAGCGGAUCCCUCCAGCCUCCUUGCCAGCUGGCAGGACAAUGGGAAAACUUUCAUUCUACGCAAAGAGGCGGUGCAUGAGUAUAAUAUGCUACCGAGCACCUCACCCGCCAACAUGGUGCAUGAAGCCGGCACGUCAGCUGCGGUUUGGCUGCUAGGCAAGGAUACAUUCUGCAAGGUCAAAGGAUGGUGUGAGGGCAUGGAAGCAGAAAGCGAGACGAUUGAUUUUGUCCGGACGCAAUGUCCUGAUAUUCCUGUGCCAGAAGUUAUUUUCUCUUGGAUCGACACUGAUUGGUCUCGCUCCUUCACGCUCAUCAAAAGGGUCGCUGGGAAGACGUUGGACGAAAGGUGGCCUUCGCUAUCUCCGUCACAGCGAUCUGAGAUUGUCGACAAGGUUGUUGAGUAUUGUAAGAAGCUUUCCAUGGUCACGUCGUCAAAGCUUGAAAGCGCAACAGGAAAAGGUCUCUGCGACAAUCACCUCAAUGUUGCUGCCCCUGAUAGUCAUCCCACUUGGAAGCCACGACUGCUUGGUCCCAUGUCGGGUGACGACUUCAAGGAAUUUCUGCGCCAACGAACCAGCCGAGACGCGCAAGGCAUUGUUCCCUCUGUUGGCGAGCAUUUUCUUUUCUACCAUGCCGACCUGGGUCCCACCAAUAUCAUCAUCUCCGAGGAUGCGAAGGUGACAGGAAUCUUGGACUGGGAGUGUGCCGCUUUCUUUCCUCGAUUCUGGCUCGCACUUAAACCGGGAAUCAGUGCUGGCUUUUUCCUCAGUCGCGAGUCUGUUGGCGAAGACAAAGCGGCCCGAUUCGGCUGGGGCGACCCUUUCUACAAGGGCUUGAUGGCACAAGGCUUUGACUCUACCGAUAGUGACCUCGCCUGGUGGAAAGGCCUGGCCAAGUGA